UGACGUCUCGCGACAGCAGCGUUCCAAAAUGUCGUCCACGUAUUCUUUGAACGACUAGGAGGUUGGUGUCCAGUGUUUGUUGACGUUUUUUGUCUUGGAUUGUGAGUUCCAUAUUCCGCACGUACUUUGAAUACAAACUCCCGUCUUAUUUGGCUCCUCCGUUUCCAGAUUUCUUUGGAAACAGGGAUCGCAAAUCCAAAUUCCAAAGUAGCUGUUAAAGUUGAUGGACCCUAAAUGCAGGGUGAAAAUGGCGUCUGCAGAACCUGAAAUGCUUAAAAUUAAUGUGCUGUCACUUAAAGGACACCCGAAGUUCUGAACAUUGUGGCUCCUGAAUGAAUGUGGAAAACUUAUGAACUACGCUUGAAGCUGCCAGGCUCUCCUGUCUUUUACUGAAACUCUUGCCGACUUUAGCAGCCAUCACAUCAUUUUUGGCUACUGGAUUUUCUUACCAUGUGCCUGGUGCCCAGGCUGGCAUCAAAAUGUCAGAAUUAUCAACAAGUGCGAAGAGAACGUUGCAGCCUACUGAUGUUAUGCAAGGAAGAAUAUUCAGGUGCACAUUCACUGGCUGCAGACAAACCUUCCAGGACCAUGAGGAACUGAAGAAUCAUGCAGAAAGCCACAUCUUCGUGCAGUCCUUGCCAGGUAAACUGUUUAACUGCUGUUCUCCUAACUGCAUGGCAGCAUUUUCCAGCAUGCAGCAGCUUAUGGACCACAUGCGACAACACUACAAACCCAACCGAUACUUUCUGUGCGAAAAUUGCAGGUUGAGGGUUCGAACACACAGAGCUCUCUUCAAACACCUCCACAUCUGCUCAAAAGUUAUUAAACAAAGAACACCUCAGAAGCUUGAGAAAGCAAAAUCAGGCACACUUUCCUGUGAACCACCAAAACUGGCAAACAUCAUCCAGCAUCUGGAUAAAGACCCUGUCUCGGCCUCCAACAUGGUCCAGUCUCCUGUCAGUCCAGCUUCCUUUCAAGCCGCAACCUCCUCGGCGGUCCUGCCCUGUAGCUUACCGAGCCUCACUACUGCUUUUGAUGCAGUUCCUCUGGUCAGCUCUGCCUCAAACUCUUUCCAGAUGCUUGGGCCCUCUCUGUUUGCGCCCGCACCCAUGCGCUUUACAGGCCAGGCCCAGAACACAUCAAUUUCCCCAAACCUGCUGCCGUAUGUGCAGGCUUCUGCCUACUCUCUCCCCCAGACAGCUGCACAACAGCGUCUCCGACCGUACGUUCCAAACCAGGGAGGCCUUCCAAUAUCCAAUGCUGUAUGGAAGAAAAAUCAAGGGCAGUCUUUCAACAGCCGUAUAGUCUGGGAGCACACAAGAGGGCGCUAUAACUGCCUGCAGUGCACGCACUCCACACCGUCUCGUGAGGAGAUGACUCAGCAUGUUGAAGAACACCGAAAGAGCUCCAGCGGGCGCCUGUCAAGUGACAUGGAGUUUGGAGUCGGCCUCCCCUCGUUUCACUCAAAGCUGACACCGGAAAUGGAGAGCUCCCUGUUUUCUCAGCUAUGACAGCUUCUCAGCAGGGGAUCUGUGCUUUACAGUUAAUGAUGGACAAACAUGCUCUAAAAUUGAUCUCCAGUGUCUAUUGGGAUUAGAGGUUGGGCUUCUGGAUUCUACUUUUCAAUGGUAUUCAUAAUUGGAAAUGGGCAGCGUUGGUUCGGCUUGAUUCCUUUGUGGUUUAACUGCAUGAUGGAAAGAAGAACUUCAGAAUUAUUUUCAAGUUGGAAGUUGUCUUCUGCAUAUCAGGUUAUACAGACAGAAAAGUCUGUAUAGCUGUUUAGUUUUCUUAAUUAACCAUUAUUCUGUAUUUUAAUUAUUUAUAAUUCAGAUUAACAGUUUGAACACUUUUUCCAUGCGUGCCCAGGUCCCCGUAGCCUAUUAUAGUAGAAGAGGAGUCAAGCAGAGUAGAGUGAACCUGCUAGGUCACUGGGCUCCUUUGAUGCCAUUCUGGAUCGAGUGAGGUGGGUCAUAAGUGAGCCGCCUCAUGUGUUCUUCUACAUAAAGCCUUUCAGAUUUCCAAUGAUGGACUUUCUUUCUGUAAAAAUGUCCUUACAUUAUGAAAUUGGAAAAAAUACGUGGCUAGCACUUAGCUCUCGGUCAGUCAGGUUGUCUUCUGAGAGAAUUGUUAAAUCCCACACUUAACGUUGCACUAGAGUUCAUCUGUACACUACAGUUUGACAUUUUCAUUCAUCAUUUCUCACAUUGGAUUGUUCAUUUUCUGAAAUCGUUUGUUAUGUUUUGCAGUCAAUGAAGAGCUAUUGUUUCAAUCUUGUUUAUUGAACUUUUGAAUUAUUCACUGUUGUCGUGUUUAAUAUGCUAAACAGAAGAAAUUCGAAUAUGAGAAAUUUACACAAAUGCAUGAGAACUGAGCAGAUGUUUUGUAACAAUUUAGGGCCUUGUGUGUCUAUAGCUUUUGCUACUGUAGGGAAAGCCAAUGCAAAUGGAACAUGGAAUGGAUUCUAGGACAGGCUCCCCUCACUCCACCAGGCUUGCAUUGGAUUUAGUGGGGUUGAAGGUGAAGGAAGUAAUACAUAAAAUGUGUUUUUUUUUUAAAGUCACAAGACAAAGCACAAACAUUUUAGGGUAAAAUUUCUACUUUUUUUAAUUGAAAGUGCAUUCACCCACAGACUUAACUUUUGUUCUUUAUAUGAUGAUGUUUGGUUUUCUUUUGAAUAAAUAAAUUGUUUUAUAUUGUCUUGCAGCAAGAAUAAGCCCGCAUGAAUUUACUAAAAACCAAAGGGCUUUCAGAUUUGAGUUGACUUCAACCAGCCGCCUCCCUGCUGAAGUGCCAGCCUGGAGUGCAGGGUAAGGCUUUGCUAACGUCCCGUCUGGAGCACUUCCUGAGAGCUGCUCUCAUUGUGCUGCCUCGACUUGCUUUGAAGUGCAGACAAAGAAACAUUUAAUGAGAAAGAAGGAGAGAGAGUUAGGAAAACGGAGUUAGCUUCUGUUAGGUAAAUUGCAAGAACCUUGUUUCUGUUGUGUGUAAAUGACACCGGGACAAUGCCAGGACUGUAGGGAAUCGGAAGUGAUUGACGCUUUGGUUUUUUUGUGGUCCCCUUUCUCUCUCCAGUCAGAGUUUCCCUUUUAACUGCCCUACUGUAAUGAUGCCCCCAAUUAAAUACAAAGUUGUUGGAGUGAUUAAAGUGGACAGACUUUUGUGUUAGGGGGAUUGGUGAGAGUUUAGUGGAAAAUGAAAUUCUUUGUAUGUUUUUAAAAUAGCCUUUUUCACAUUCCUAUUAAGGCCAGCAUUCAAGUCUAAAUGCUUAAAUAAAAUUUUAAAAAGUAUUUUAGGGCGCCAGCGAGGGUGUUGAUUGGGCCCGAGACCUAAGCAGAGUAUAAUGUAGUUCAGUUUCUUCACCUGGCACAGAUCUAAAACUGGCCUGUGCUUGUGGACAAAUGCAGGGUCAAGAAUCAACCAUAGAAAGCAGCGCAGACAGUAGAAAGUGAUGGCUAAAUGUCUAUCUGAAAAUAAAUCAUUUAUACAAGUUACAUCAGGAUAAUAAUUCUGCAUCACUUUGUUCCAUUUAAGUGGAGAUCACGUUAUCCACUCGCAAUCCUGCCUUUCAAAGGAUGGAGGCGGCAAAUUCACAUCUCUGGAAUGCACGUUACAACUGUUUGCUGGAAGAUGCGUGUGAGCUAUUUAUUUGUUUUUUAUUUUGAUUUAGUGUUUAUUUACUAGUUACGCCAAUUGAAACAGAGCAGAAACUCAAGCAUGGCACACCGGAGUGAGCAUCAUACAUAAUGUGACCGAUGUGGAAAGGAGACAUGGCCACCACACACCUCUUAUGGUUUGGCAGACACCUUUGACCAAGACAAAUUAAAAUGAAAAUGAGGGUAAAGCUAUUUUUUAUUUAUUAGACUUUCUUAGAGCUUUAAGUUAUCUACAGGGUGGUCCAGAUCUAACUGUGCAAUUAUUGCAUUGCCUUGCAUUAAAAGUUGCAUAGUUAGAUCUGGACCACCCUAUAUGUGACUGGACAGGAAAGGAAUGCGAAAUUUAGAAAAUAGAAAUUAUAGGAAAAGAUAGCGAGACAGGAAAAUGUGUGAAAGUACACUUGCAGCAUAUCAGUAAAUAUAUAUAUAUAUAUAUAUGUGUGUGUAUGUACUGUGUGUGUACGUACAGUGUGGGAAAUAAGAUUCUGUCUAUUUCCAUUAAAAUGAAACUACUAUAAAAAUUAGAGACUGUUCAUUUCCCUCACUGUACGUGUGUGUGUGUGUGUGUGUGUAUAUAUAUAUAUAUAUAUAUAUAUAUAUAUAUAUAUAUAUAUAUAUAUAUAUAUAUAUAUAUAUAUAUAUAUAUUAUAUAUGACAUUACAUAUUGUAAGAAAAGUAAAAGCUAAUUAGGUUGAGUUUCUGCUCGUGCCUGUUGGACUAGAAAGGUCACUGGCACAAUCGAUGGCUCCAGGUCCCUGUGCCACCACAAAUGAGUCACUUCAACUGCUGACACCUUGUGGUGUGCACUAAAAGCAUUGUUGAAAUAAAAUGGUGACUGUAGACCAAACACCCUGAAAAACUAUUAAGUGAUUCAGUUAAUGUGAAUGUGAGAUGCUCCCAUUGCACAUCCCAGGAAGGAAGUUAAAUAAGUAGUGGGGAUUAGCAGGAAAGUCUGUGGCGUCAUUGGCACAUACGUAGGUCCAGGGCAUUAUACAUGUGUUGCUGGUCACCUCGAGGGUGAGGAAAUCUCCUCUGCGAGGCUCAUCUGGCGUCAGGAAGGACGAUGUUAAACUAGUCCUGUUCUAUUGUCAACUUGUGGACAUUACCCAUAAAUCAGAUAUAAGAGGGCCAUAUACUGCCUUCUGUGGCCAUGACUUAUGGGACUCAUGUUCACUAUAUAUUUAAAUUAAAGCCUAAUGCACUCACUGCGUGUGCCAUGUAUUGUCAUCCAAGAGCUUCACCAUUUAGUGCAUCAGCAUGUAUUAAAUAUUUGAUAAUAUCAAUAUCCAGCCUGUCCCACUGUAACAGAUGGUUCGUCACCACCUGACGUGGUAGGCCCAUUUUUCGACAUUUGCCAUCACUUUCUAUCUUGCACUGCUCAUGUUCCCAAAAUGUUUUACUGGAAACUCAUCUUGCAAUAAAUGGGGCCAAAAAAAGAAGUGCCCAAUGAAAUAAAGAUGCCCUUGUAGCUGGUUAACUGCGAGUGGGCGGGGUCAGGGUGUCGCUUGUUUUAAUUGGCUCUCUCUAAGUCCCAGCCCAUAUUUGUUUCCUGUCAUGUGCUUUGAUUGCAUGUUCUUCUAAAGGCAUUGUACUUUAAUUUUCCUGUGUGCCCUUAGGACAUCCCAAAAUUUGAUCUAAAGAUCCUGAGUAGGCAGCCAUUACCCCCCAACCCUAAAACAAGCCCUUCUCACUUGGUCCAUUCUUCAGCUCGAUCCUGCACUUUGCCCAUCAAGUUGAUGAAAUCCAGGACUGAAAGUUGGAUUUGGUAAAAGUGAUGAAGGACAUGGCAUAGGGAGGGCAUCUUAAGGAACUCUUGCCACCAAGCACUUGUGUAUUUUAAAGCGAUUACCUUUGUAUUAAACUUUUUUCUGAUGUUUUUUUGA